AUGGCAUCCUCCACCGCGAGCACAGAGACGGACCCUCUCAUCAACUCUAACCCGGUGCUGCAAUCCUACUACGCGUCGCUGGAGUCCCGUAUCGGCUAUCGUCUGGUUCUGGGAGGAACACGGCACUUCGGCUACUGGGAUAAUGACACCUACUUCCCCUUCCCCCUUGGUCGCGGCCUGCGGGCCAUGGAGGACAAGAUGGCCGAGGUCCUGAACUUGCCCAAAGGAUCAACGGUGCUGGAUGCUGGCUGUGGAAAUGGGCAUGUCGCAAAACACCUCGCCAGCAAGCAUGGCCUCCGAAUCGAGGCAUUCGAUGUCGUCCAGCGCCAUGUAGAGAGGGCGAGGAAGACCAUCAAGAAGGCUGGUCUCGAGAACCAGGUGACUGUCAACAGGAGGGAUUACCACCACUUAGAGUCGCUGGCAAGCGAGUCGUUUGAUGGCAUCUACACUAUGGAGACUCUUGUUCACGCCACGGACCCGGAGACUGUCCUGGCGGGCUUCUUCCGACUGCUUAAGCCCGGCGGCCAUCUCGCCAACUUUGAGUACGACCAUGAGUUCAUCGGGGAUUCUCCGGAAGUCAUGGCCGACAACAUGCGCAAAAUCAACGAGUAUGCCGCCAUGCCGACAAACGACCGGUCACAUCCGGGCGUUUUCAAGCAGCUCAUGGAGGAAGCGGGCUUUGUGGAUGUUGAGGUUCGCGAUUUCUCCGAGAACAUUCGCCCGCUGUGCCGUCUGUUCUUCCUCCUUGGAAUCAUCCCUUACAUCUUCAUCAAGGCGUUCGGCCUUGAGCGCUACUUCAUCAACACCGUCGCUGGUGUGGAGACUUACCGGGGCAAGGGUCGCUGGAGGUACAUCGCCAUCUCGGCUACCAAGCCUGGAGAGACCAUUGAGCCCCCGAAGUCUCGAUGA